AUGAAUAUGGCGUCCACUACUGGCGCUAUUCAAAAGCUGCUGAACUGGGCGUCUGGGCAAGACCGGCAGGCGAAGUUGCAGCUUCGCUACCUGGAGAUCACCAAGCGGACCCAGCCACCUCCGAAGCUCUCUGUGGGCCCCAGUCACAAGCUGCCCAACAAUUACUACUGUACUUGUGAUGGCCGCCAGGAAGUUGUGCCUCCCUCUAUCAUCAUGUCCUCACAAAAGGCCCUAGUGUUGGGCAAGACAGCUGAGAGUUCUGCUGUAGCAGCCAUUGAGAAGAGGGCAGUGACACCUGAUCCUCCCAUGGAGAGGUAG